UCCUGAAGGAGUGUGCACAAGACAUGACAAAACAAGUGAUACUGGAGAAUAUGUGGACAGCUGUUUCGGGCUUCUUAAGGCUAUGACUUAUACAAUAGGCGUGGUGAUGAAUAGUAUUAUCUCCUCAGGGUGCUUGUGUGCACAAAAGGGGGUUCAGCAGGUCCAUCUUUUGUACUAGGUUUCAUUUUAGAAAAUAAACAUGCCUCUGACCUUCAUUCUACAACACAUGUACCCUA